AUGCCUCCCUUUUUCAACUCGCGCAUGUUCCACUUCCUCCUCAAAGUCCAUCUCCUCCUCCUCUGCACCGCCGUCUCCACCGCAAUCGCCACACCAGUUGGCAUGACCUACAACCCAUCUACCUCGAAACUCCUGCUGCCCGACCAUGUGUCCUCCUCCAUCCAGUCACUCCACUUCCCCGUCGUCCGCCUCCUCGACCCCACCCCACUCUCUAUCCGGGCCUUUGCUUACACCAACAUUACCCUACUCCUUUCAAUCUCCAACCACCUCAUCCCCUCCUUCGCUGCCAAUCGCUCAGCCGCCUCCAUCUGGCUUUACUCGCACGUCCUCCCUUACCACCCACGAACCCACUUCUCCCUCAUCUCCGUCGGCUCCGAUGUCAUCUCCUCCGCCAACAAUGACAUCACCAUUGACCCCUACGCCGUUCUUCCCGCCAUGCGCAACCUCUACUUAUCCCUUCAUGAACUCGGCAUUCGCACCAUAUCUGUCUCCACCACCUUUUCCUUCAUGAAUAUCAUGACGUCGUCGUUCCCUCCUUCCUCCGCUGAGUUCCAAGACCCCGUCAAUUCUAUGAUCAUCAGACCAUUGCUGCAGUUCCUGGACGAAACCAACUCUUCCUUUUUAAUCAAUAUUUACCCCUACAACGUUUAUAGAAUCAAAUCCGAAAUCCCAAUUGGUUAUGCUUUGUUCCAAGAAAACCCACACAAUUUCCGGGAUGACAUUAUCACGGGGGUUAGGUACCGAAAUCUUUUCGACAUGAUGGUGGACGCUGUUAUAGCCGCCAUGGCAGUUACCGGACACGAGAACAUUCCGCUGAUCGUGACAGAGACCGGUUGGCCGAGCACCAGGAAUAACGAAGCCCAAACGGAGGCUAACCGAAACUAUGCAGAGAUGUACUUGAAAGGGUUAAUGAUGCAUUUGAGGUCUGGAAUGGGGACUCCAUUGAGGAAAGAAGGGGUGGCUGAAGCUUACAUUUAUCAAUUAUUCGACGAAGAUGAGAAAAAUAUUGAGUAUAGUAGUGGAAGUAUUGAUUCAAGGAGUAUGCAUGGAGGGCAGAAUUGGGGGAUAAUGUAUGACAAUAUGAGCAUGAAGUACAAGAUUGAUUUCUCACAUUCAGAAAGGUUUUUUGGAAAAGAUAAAGAAUUGGUAGAGAUGGUUCUUGGAUUGCACCUGUUGGUUGUUGCCGUUUUGCUGCUUCAGUAA